UGGAGGUUAAGAUGAAUCCUUUUCGAUGGUAUUUAAGCCACGGUGGAAAUUAAAAUUGCAUAGUUCCAAACAAGAUUAGACAAAGACCACACUGUCAAUAAAUACCUCAUAAAAAUGGUCAAAUUUUUGAUAAUCAUGACGACGCUGGUGGCUGCAGCCUUAGCCUACCCCCCUGGUAGUGGUUACGAUUACCAGGGAAGCGGCGUCUAUGGCGGCAGCCAAGGCGGCUACGGAAGCCAAGGGGGAUCCGGUCGAUUUAGCCAAGGAAGCGGUUUCGGCAGCAAUAGCCAAGGACGCGGUUUCGGCAGCGAUAACCAAGGACGCGGUUUUGGCAGCGAUAGCCAAGGACGCGGUUUCGGAAUCGGCAGCAGCAACUACCGUAGCUACGACGGUUAUGGUGGCAGUCAUCAAGUCUCUGGGCUAGAUGGUGGAUAUGGCCAGGGACAGGGCGGUUUCGGUGGCGGCCAGGAAGGCUUUGGUGGAAGCCAAGGAGGUUUUGGAGGUGGUAGCCAUGGAGGUCAAGGAGGAAGCCACGGAAGUCACGGUAGCGGAGAAUACGGACAAAAAUAUUAAGUACCUUA